GGGCUUCCGGUUAGAGGCGGGGGCGGUGGUGGCGGUGAGAGGGGCGAGGCCGCGGCAGGGGCGGUCCGGGGGGGUCCCGGGGUCCCCAUCGCCGCUCUCUGUGCCCCCCCCCCCCCCAGGCCACCAUGAGCCUGCAGUGGACGGCGGUCGCCACUUUCCUUUACGCCGAGGUCUUCCUCGUCCUCCUGCUCUGCGUCCCCUUCGUCUCGGCUGCCAGAUGGCAGAAGAUCUUCAAGUCGCGGCUGGUGGGCCUGGCCGUGGCCUACGGCAACACCGUCUUCGUCGUCCUCAUCGUCAUCCUCGUGCUCCUGCUCUUUGACGCGCUGCGGGAGACCCGCAAGUACGACGUGACGGAGCGGGUGGCCCUGCAGAGCAGCCCCGGCGCCCUCGAGCAUUUCCACAUGAAGCUUUUCCGGGCCCAGCGCAACCUCUACCUGGCCGGCUUUGCCCUCCUGCUCUCCUUCCUCCUGCGCCGCCUGGUCACCCUCAUCUCGCAGCAGGCCGUGCUGGGCGCCUCCAGCGAGGCUUUUCGCAAACAGGCGGAAGGCGCCAGCCAGGCCGCCCGCCGCUACAUGGAGGACAACGACGCCUUGCGGAAGCAGCUGCAGGAGACGGGGGGCGACGGGGACGGCGCGUCCCCCUCGCGCGACGAGAACAAGACCCUCAAGGCCAAGGUGGAGAAGCUGAAAGAGGAGCUGGCGGCCAGCAAGCGCACUCUGGAGAAGGCGGAGAACGAGGUGCAGGCCAUGCGGCGCCAGGCCGAGGGGCUGACGCGGGAGUACGACCGGCUGCUGGACCAGCACGCCCGCCUGCAGGCAGCCCACGACGGCCCCCGGGACAAGAAGGAGGAGUGACGGAGGAGGCCACAGCCCUGCCCACCCCCAGCCAGAGUGGGGGGGCAGCAGGACGCGGCCACCUCCCCCCCACACACAUUUGGGGACCCCCUGCUCUGUGGCAGCACUCUGGGGGGGUGGGGGCCGAGUCCCAUUUUUGGCGGGGGGGAGAAGACUGAGCCCCCGCUUUGCCCCUUCCAGGGCAAUGCCGCCUCCCCCCCCCCCCAGCUUCCGCUUCAAUAAACGCGUGGGAUCAGG